UCAAUCUAUUCCUCCUCCUACACCUUCCUCCCUUACCACCAUGGCCGCUCAUCUCAUCACCAUCCUUCUCCUAACAACCAUCCAUCACUCAGCCGGCGAUGAGCGCUCCUCCCUUCUCUCUUUCCUCGCUGGCCUCGCUCCCCACAGCGUCCUCUCCCUCACUGAUUGGAACACAUCUCCUAAUCUCUGCAACUGGACCGGCGUCUCCUGCCACCACUUGCCGCCUUGGCAACGUGUUGCUAAGCUCGAUCUUAGCGGUCGAAACAUCCAUGGCAAACUCUCUCCUUUCCUCUCCAAUCUCUCCUCCCUUGAAGUCCUCGAUCUCUCCAAUAAUUUUCUCACCGGUCCGAUUCCCGCCGAACUCGGCUCCCUCUCCGGCCUCAAACAGCUCAGCCUCUCCUCCAACCUCUUCUCCGGCACCAUACCAUUCCAGCUCGGUUUCCUAAACUUGCUUGUUUAUCUUGACCUCGGUGGCAACCAGUUAACAGGGCAAAUACCAUCAACUCUCUUUUGCAACUACUCCAGAUCAACUAUAAACCAACUCUCCUUACAAUACAUUGAUCUUUCCAACAACUCACUCACCGGUGAGAUUCCGCUUCCAAGCAACGACCUUUGUCUGCUCGACGACCUCCGUUACCUCCUUCUAUGGUCCAACCAGCUUUCUGGUUCGAUCCCACCAGCGCUUUCCAACUCUUCUCAACUGGAAUGGAUCGACUUCGAGUCCAAUAAUCUCAGCGGCGGCUUGCCGCUGUACAUCUUUAACAAUAUGCCUUAUCUGCAGUUUCUUUCCCUCUCAUUCAACAACCUUUCAACUGAUGAUCUCAACCCCUUCUUCACUUCUUUGAGCAACUGCUCUGGUUUACAAGAGCUGGAGCUCGCCGGAAACGGCCUCCGCGGUGAACUUCCACCCUCAAUCGGUGACCUGUCCGUCAAUCUCUUACAGCUCCACCUCGAGCAGAAUCAAAUCACCGGCCCAAUCCAUCCCAACAUAUCAAAUCUCGUUAACCUCACAUACUUAAACCUAUCCAACAAUGUAUUCAACGGAUCAAUCCCGCCGGAAAUCAGCCGCCUCUGUAGGCUUGAAAGAUUCUACCUUUCAAACAACAGACUUACAGGCAAAAUCCCGCCAUCAUUCGGCAAAAUUCUUCAGCUUGGCCUCUUAGAUGUAUCGGACAAUGAACUCUCCGGAUCCAUACCAGAUUCAUUUGCCCAUCUCCCUCAAUUCCGGCGACUGCUUCUCAACGGCAAUCGGCUCUCCGGCCAAAUUCCACCAAGCCUCGGCAACUGCAUUAAUCUAGAGAUACUCGAUCUGUCUUACAACCAACUAACCGGUGAAAUUCCUCCCGAAAUUGCUGGUUUACAGAGCUUGAAGCUAUAUCUAAACCUAUCGAACAACAAUUUGCACGGCCAUUUGCCAUUGGAGAUGAGCAAGAUGGACAUGAUUCUAGCUUUGGAUCUGUCCUGCAACAAUUUAUCAGGCAUGAUACCUUCACAGAUUGGAAGCUGCGUGGCGUUGGAAUACCUCAAUCUAUCCAAAAACAGCUUUGUCGGCCAUCUUCCGAGCUCUAUAGGAGCUUUGCCUUACCUGAAAGUGCUGGACUUGUCAUCAAAUAAGCUCGCGGGCGCCAUGCCAGAGUCUUUGGAAGCUUCUUCUACUCUUCGAUACCUCAACGUUUCCUUCAACAACUUCUCUGGCGUUAUUCCUGGUGAUGGAGUGUUCAAAUCGCUUGGUGGAAGCUCUUUCUUCGGCAACCCGUGGCUCUGUGGUUACAACAUUGAUGGAAUAACAGAAUGCAGAACAGAGCCAGAUCAUCGGCUGGGAAGGCUAAUUCGGAUAUCGCUAUCUGUUUCGGGGGCUGUAAUUGUGCUUGUGAUUAUGUUCUUCAUUGCAUGUCAAAUGAUGAUGAGGAGGAGAUCAAGUAGCCCAAAGGUUCGGCUGCCUAGUUUUUCCCGUUCGGUGUUUGAAGAUAUGGACAGUAUGGAAGACUUCGUCUCUAAUUAUCACGACUACCCGCGUCUAUCCUACCAGCAGCUAGUGGAAGCCACCAACGGGUUCGCGGACACAAACCUGAUCGGCUCCGGCCGCUUCGGCCGCGUCUACAAAGGCAAUCUCCGCACCAGCACCAAAAUCGCCGUCAAGGUGCUCGAUCAAAUGCUCGACUGCAGCGCCACCCAACUCACCGACAGCUUCAAGCGCGAGUGCGAGGUUCUCAAACGAACCAAGCACCGAAAUCUCAUCAAAAUCGUCACCGCAUGCAGUCGUCCCGACUUCAAAGCUCUAGUCCUUCCAUUGAUGCCCAACGGAAGCCUCGAGCGCUGGCUCUAUCAGACGAAGCCGGUGGACCUCAGCCUGGAGUUGGUUGUCAGACUGCUGAGCGAUGUGGCUGAAGGAAUGGCUUAUCUGCACCAUUACUCCCCGGUGAGAGUGGUGCACUGUGAUUUGAAGCCCAGCAAUGUGCUUCUGGAUGGAGACAUGACGGCGUUGGUGGCGGAUUUCGGGAUUGCGAGGCUGGUUAAAGGGGUGGGUGACGGUGGAGCCAGUGGCGAGCUUCAGAGCUUGGCGUCUUGUAUUUCCACCUCCGGGCUUCUGCAUGGUUCGGUUGGGUAUAUUGCGCCUGAAUAUGGAUUGGGAGGCCAUCCAUCCACACAGGGAGAUGUUUACAGCUUCGGAGUCUUGCUGCUGGAAAUGAUCACCGGAACACGUCCGACAGACAUUGUCGUCCAUGAAGGUCACAACCUCCAUGAAUGGGUUAAGAACCAUUAUCCGAACAAUAUUGAAUCCAUAAUCCCCACAGACCUGACCCUAAACUUACCCUCACUAGCCCAACACGACCCCUUCUAUCACAAUAAGCUGAAGAGAACUGUGAUCUCAGAAUUGGUCGAGCUGGGGCUCGUCUGCACCCAGUAUUCCCCCUCGAUGCGUCCCACCAUGAUCGAUGUGGCCCAUGAGAUGGCUAUUUUAAAGCAGGAUAUAUCGAGGCUUGUGGUUGUUGACUCUUCCCCAACAUUGCCAGAUUCUUCUUCUGAUUGUUAAUUAAUCAUGUAUAGUAUAAAGCACGCGCUUGUAUAGUUGAAAGCUAGCUAGUCUGCAUUUGGUGGAUGGUUUUUUUAAUUCACCAUUUGAUU